CCAAGCUCUAGGUCUGUCCUCAGUGAGACGCCUCCCCGGGCCUCCCGUAAAACGGGAGUGCUCACAGGGUAUGGGAAGGGGCCCGGCCCAGGUGCUGCCCAACAAUGCCGGGCCUCUUCACAAUGGUUGCCAGGCAACAAGGACUCCUCUCUGGAAGGAGCCAGGUGCAGGCACGAGAGGGGCUGAAGGCAGCCCAGGCAGAGCUGAGGCGCGAUGACAGCUACUCAGAAGCACAACCUCUUCCCGCCGGAACCUCACUACAUCCCUGGCUAUGCCGGCUUCUACCCGCAGCUGCGCUACCAGGUGGGGAACACCUAUGGGCGCACCACGGCGCAGCUGCUCGCGGACGCCAGCGUGCCGAAGAGCCCGUGCUCCGUGCUGUCCCCCAUAGCCAAGCCCAAGUCCAUCGAGGACUUCAGCAAGUCCCAGCCACCUUUUACGCCCUGCCGUGAACUGACAGAGCCCUACGUCUGCCAGUACACCAGUCUGAAGCCCUACAAGAACUGUGAGAUCCUGGGCCGGUUCCCACCCCAGGAGGUGGAUGCCCAGGGGCCGCCGGGAGGAGAGAAUGUAUCCAGGCAAGUCCCACUGCCUGCAGGCUUCGUGCCCUACCCCCUCUACCCUCCCUGCCCACAGGGCAGGAAGGGGGACUCCAGGGACCUUGGACACCCGGGCCUGCGGUUGGCAUUAGGGGAAGAGGCCUGGAUGAGCGCCACCUCUGCCCGUGAGGCCCCCACGCAGUACCAGCUGUGCCCCUGCAUGAGGGAAGACUGCCUGGCCCCAGCCCACCAGCGAGAGACACUACGUGUGGGCUGCUUCCACAGGCCGCCCCAGAUGGACCACCCCGACCUGAUCCAGCGCAAGGCCAUCUCAGGUUAUGCUGGCUUUGUCCCUCGCUUUGCCUGGGUGAUAGGGAUGAAUUUUCGCGAUGGGGUCGCACAGGCCACAGAUGAGUUUGACAAGAGCCAGUUCCUGCUCAGAAAUCCCUUCCGUGCCCCGGGCGAGAGGCUGCCCAGAACGCAGUGGCCUAACACCACCAUCUACAGAAGCCAAGGUCUGAUACCUUUCUACAUGGGGUUCAUACCAGCCAUGCAGGACAACUACGCACUGACGUUUGGCAACAGCACCCGCAAGGCCUGUCAGAAGGAACUGGAGAGGCGCAGCCAGACACUAUGAAAACGCUUUAAUGGUGGUACCUGUACAGCAUGUGAUGUCGAGACAAGAAGAACAAAUACACACACAGAAAGACAGGGUUAUCAGAGAACAGGCUGAGUGAAUAAAGA